AUGCCUUCAGAUCCAUUUUGUAUCAGUUUCGAUGCCACAUUCGACGGGCAUUACGAGAAGAUUUGCUCAAAUGUCGAGGUUCAAGUAAGCGCCAUCUCAACCCCUGAACGCCUCGAGACACCAGAAGACAGCGAGGACGACACCAGGUAUUUGCUGGUAUCGCCGUAUACAGAGAAGCCACAUCUGCUCGAUCUCGACUCGGUCGAUGUAGAGAACCAACUUUUAGCGCAGGCCUUGGUGUAUAUGAACAAUGUCAGGGAUGACUUCAGAACCGCCUCAUACCAAGAUAGCUUUAACUGGCAUGAGAUCAUCCAACAUCUUCGACGGCUCAACCAGCGCCAGGGCCAUGAUUGGAAAGAGACUUCUUUCUAUAUCGUGGCUUUUCGAUCACAAAUCAAACCCGACGCCGACUAUUCCCACUUGGUAGAGCUCGACAGGUACGCUCACGCCGAGGCUACAGCAAGUGGAGGUUUCUUGAAGUACUGGUUUGGAGAGUAUCCUGAUGAACAGGGGCACAACCUGGCGACUUGCGUGUGGACAUCAAGGCAACAUGCCCGGCGCGGCAAUGUCGGGCCUGCUCACCGCGAGGCCAUGAAAGCAGCUUCGCUAUACGCCUGGCACGAAUUGGAGCGGUACGAACUGACCGUGCGCGCCGGGGUUGAGGGUUGGAGCUUAACACGGCUCGGUUGAGAUUGGAAGUUGAUGUGUGGAGAGGAGGGAUGGAGGGGAACCUGAGUAAUAGGAGGUAACCUUGAAGCGUGGCACCACUUGGCAGGCAGAGACCACACUAGUGCCAUGCGAGUAACGACAAGGAGGGUGGUCUAUAAUUGAUAGAGCAGCUAAAGGGUGGGAAAUAUGGAAAGUGACGAUUUUCAUCUUAUUGUUUUGGGUAUAGAAGGAUAGGGAACAAAAUUCAAACUUUGGAUAUCAC